AUUUCUAAUAUUGUCAAUUUGUGAUUAUAAUUAUCACGAAGAGUAGUAUUUAAUUUUUAUUGUAUGUUAUAGCUACUAUUUUUUAUAAAAUAUGCUAUAAAGUCAGCGAUUCUGUAGUAUAUAAUAAAGUGAUAGAAGUGAAAGUUGAAUUUUUAAGUGUAUACGUUAAUUUAACAUUAAUAGAAAAUGUAUGCUGUGGAGAAAAAGUUUGAAAUCGAAAUGAAGUUGAAAAGGGAAAUGACGAAUAUCCAGGAGCUAAAAGCAGCGGCGAAGAGAAGUUCGUCUCUCGCCAACGACGUGUGCAAUGUGCUCGGUGCUUGUGAACAGAGGCUGCAGCAGCUGGAGACUGCUGUUUUGCCUCUGUAUGGUGACACCGCUAGAUUACAACAGAUACAUCAUAAUAUGGAACGCACAGUAACAGCUUUGGAUCAUGUAAUCAACUUUUACAUGGUGUCUAGAGAAUUGGCUGAUCUUAUACAAGCUGGUCCUCUUACCGGCUCUACAGAGUCUUUGAACAUUUAUCUGGAGGCUUUAGAUAAGUUGUCAGAGGCUCAAAAUUAUUUCAAUAAAAAUAACCCCACAAGUGUUGAGCUAGAAAAUAUUAAUCAACUUUAUAAUGCUGGAGUUCUUAAAUUAGAGAAUGCAUUUGAAGAACUUCUUAGUAGAAACACUAGACCUCUGUCUCCUACUUCUCUCAUGGAUAUGAUUGCUUUGGAGGAAGAUUCAAGUGUAGACAGUGUAAGUGUAAGUGGUGGUAACUCCACAUCGAGCACUGCUUUAGAGACGAUGCGCGCUGCAGCCGCAUGGCUCAGUGCAGCGGGCAGGCCCCCCGCAGGCCCCUUGGUUGCUAUACGGGGGCCCGCUGCAUUGAACUCGCUUAUAGCUUUCAAGGAUUACCUCAGGUCUAGGUCUAUGGCUGCGUCACCGCUCACGAGAACAAAAAAUAUAUUGCAUCGUACGGAUAGUACUCAGAGAAGGACGAGCAAAAUUCAGAAAGUAUUGGAGAAGCGAGCGAUCAAUAUAAUGAUGAAAGCGUCACAAACUUUGGAACAGUCAACCGGUCUGGCCAUCGGUCCGCGACGUUCAAUAAGCGAUGCCUACUCGGAGGAGUGCAGCGAGGCGCUGGACGAGCGCGAGGCGGAGGCGGCGGGCACGCUGGCGGCGGCGCUGUGCCGCGUGGCGCGCCGCGAGCAGCGCCACGCGCUCGGCCUCGUGCCGCUGCCGCGCCUGCCCGCGCUGCUGGCCGCCGUGCUCAAGGACUGCCUGGCGCUGCUGGCGUCGGAGGUGGAGCGCGUGUGCGCACGCAGCCGCAAGGCGGCGGCGCGCUGCGCGGCGGGCGCUGCGGCGUGCUGGGCGCUGGCGGCGCGCCUGCAGCGCCUGCAGCCCGAGCUGGCGCGCGCGCUGGCGCCCGCGCCGCCCGCGCCCUACGCCGCGCUGCUGGCCGCCUGCACGCACCACUGCGUCCGCUCGCUGGAGGAGUGGGCGGAGGGCGUGCGCGGGGACGGCGCGGCGGGCGCCGUGGACGGCACCGUGCACCAGCUGGCCGCCGCCGCGCUCGCCUACUGCCACGCGCUCGCCGCGCACAUGCACGUCAUCGGCGCGGCGCUGGCCAACGAGGCGUCGUACGCGCGCGCCGCGGCCGCGCUAACGGCGCCCGACCGCAGCGCGCUGCUGCUGGCGCUCUACAUGCGUAAAGUAUUGGCUCAACUGAAUUUGUCUUUGAGGAACAAGAGCGAGCAGUACCCAGAUGCUUUGAAGGCGAUAUUUCUUCUGAACAACACGCUGUAUUUAUUACAGGGUUUGCAGCGCAGUGGACUGUUAGACAUAUUGGUGUUGGCAGAACCGGAGUGUGAGGCCAACUACCGCGAUAUGAUACAGGAUUACAAAAACGCAUAUUUACAAAGCUGGAACAAGCUGUUAUCCCAUUUGGUGCUGGACGAGCCCCUGCCGGCCAAGCUGCGAGAUAAAGACCGGCAGAUGUUGAAGGAUAAGUUUUCCGCUUUCAACCGCGAGUGGGAAGAAACGACUCGCGCGCAACGUAGCUACAGUGUACCGGACGCGGAGCUGAGAGAAGCUUUGAAGAGAGACAACAAGCAAGCGAUACUGCCGCCGUACACGUCGCUGUACGAACGCGCCCUCGCCGCGCCCUUCUCCAAGAACCCCGACAAGUACCUCAAGUACACGCCGCUGCAGAUUGGAGCUCAAUUAGAUGGAUAUUUCGACGAGGCUGCGUAAAGAAAAUUACGAAUUAAAAAUUUUCAUAUUAUUAUAUUAAAAAAAAAAAAAUGUUUACUUAGUAAAUAGGUGCUUAUAGAUAUUAUGUU